AUGAACCAGCUCUUCAAAGCCGCGCACGUCUCUGCGGGCAUUGACUUCCAGAAGUACGACAGCAUCGAUGUCGACACGAAGGGCGGCUCCGGAAAGGAGCACGCCAUUGAGACCUUCCAGGAGGCUUGUGAGAAGCACAACCUGCCCCCAGCGCUGACCGCGAACAUUGAGCGGUGCCAUUACAACAUCCCAACGCCGGUGCAGAAGCACAGCAUCCCGGCCGUGCUGUCGGGCAGUGACGUGCUGGUCACGGCACAAACGGGGAGCGGCAAGACCGCCGCUUUCUUGGUGCCCAUCAUUACUGCGGCACUGAAUGCUGGCAGGAAGCCGAUGAAGGAGGGUGCCGUGUGCCCCACCAGCGUGGUGCUGUCCCCUACGCGUGAGCUGUGCCAGCAGAUCACAGUGGAAGCCGAGAGGCUUACUUUCCGGUCUGGUGCUCGCGUCUGCGCAAUCUAUGGAGGUGCUGAUGCCAUCCCACAGUUGCGGACCAUCGCGGGAGGCAUCGAGAUCGUCGUGUGCACUCCUGGCCGCCUGGAGGACUUUCUCCAACGUGGCGUGAUCUCGAUGGAGGAAGUCAAGUUCCUGGCCUUGGAUGAAGCCGACCGCAUGCUUGACAUGGGCUUCGAGCCCCAGAUCCGUGAGAUCAUCGAGAACCACGGCAUGCCCAAAGCCGGCCAGGGCCGUCAGACAAUGAUGUUUUCUGCUACCUUCCCCAGGGAGAUCCAGGAUCUAGCACUGGACUUCCUGGAUCGGAGCUACUAUUCCAUCUCCGUAGGCCGAGUUGGAGCCACUGCUUCCAAUGUCCAGCAGCGCUUUGAGAACAUCGGCUGGGGUGACAAGUUCGAGCAGCUGCUGGAGUCUUUGAAGGAGGUGAAAUCAGCGGAUGGAGGCCCUGCCAAGACGAUAGUCUUCGCCAACUCGAAGAGAGAGGUGGACGACAUCUCCUACCGCCUUCAGGACGAGCGCAUCCGCUGCACAAGUAUGCACGGAGGUGUCAGCCAGUCCUUGCGCGAUCGUUCGCUCAACGCACUGCGGACGGGCCGUGCACAUGUCUUGGUUGCAACAGACGUCGCAGCCCGCGGUUUGGACCUGCCGGGCAUCGACCACGUGAUCAACUACGACCUGCCGCCGAAUGGUGAAGACUAUGUCCACCGGGUCGGGCGAACGGGUUCUUCCCUCAGCGCCGGUCUUUUUCAUGUCUAUUCGGGCGUCAAGUCACGUCGACGUAGAGCUUCACCAGAAUCUUCGCUACUGGCUGCCGGUGACGAUGCGCUUCAGCACAGUCAUUCUCGAAUCUGCAAAGUCUCGGAACUCACACAUAACAUUGCCGCGUUUGCCCCCUAUCGAAAAAAAGUCUGCACCUCAAUGCACCUCAAAGGAACGGAACCUCCUCCAAAGAAUCCAGGCCGCAUCGGCAACAAGGGCGUUGCCACCUCCUUCGUUGGUUCCAAGGAGCCGGCGCUGAAGGCCGGCCGGGGCCUGGGAUCCGAACACGAAGCAUGA